AGCAAAGGCAGAUAAUAGAACAGUCCAUCAACCCUCCGGUGGCAAUUUCAUGACGCACAGCGUUCGAUCUGAGCACCGACCUUUUGUCCACACAUAGGGACCGCACGCGAAAGGGAAAUGGAAAUAAUGUCUGCCAUCGUCUAUCAGCACUCCAUCAAUCUCGAGCUCACCAUAGAGGCAUGCCCUCGACGGGUAUCAAGGCACUUUUCACAACCAUCCGUUCAACCACGAGAAGAGUACGACUUGGUUAAGGACUCCGAUUACUCAGGAAAGAUCGGGGCCUUGCUGCAUGGAAGUUUCAUGAACAAAGCGAAAACAACAACGGUGUCUCAAAUUCUACAGCACGGGCCAAAAGCCAGUCGCUAUUACGACCCAGAUCCUCAGGUAUAAAGAGUUACAAAAGAGCAUCCGCAGCAAAAGAAACGGAUAUAGAGAAAAGUGAAUCUGGCUUGCAUUUCAUGAAGCUGGGUUUUCAAAGGACUAUUACUCAGAACUUUUGGGCAAUCUUUUCGAAGCGAAGCCUCAGAAGCAGGUAGAACCAGUCAUCGACCAAGAAAAUCAUCAUCUUUAGCGUUACCAAUUUCGUGCCCCGGCAGACUUCAAUACCUUUCCGCGGGAGAAACCACACGAAGACAAUCUCAUGUCGUUGGCAGAACAGCGUUCGACUCAGGGUAUCGUUCAGGAGCUCAUGGAGGAGAUCAGAGCUGGUUCUUCCAGAAACUCUCCCACGUCAUCCACCUCGACCAUCGAGUACAUUGGCCAAGUACGUGUAACAGCAGGCUCUGGCCACAGGCGGAUACAUUCCACUCCCGGAGCAUCAGCGAGCUCGGAGGUUGAUGUCCGUGCGAGGACACUGAGUGAUGGGGCAUUCGCAAAGACGACUAAUAUGUUGGAUGGGGGCAGUGCGAAUCCGAGAGGCAGAAUAAGAGAAGCAGUGACAGCGCCAACAUCGCCUGUGAUGAAUAAACCCAAGCUUACUUCAACGUCAGUCCCAGGACCAAAGGAGAAAGUUGAAGCCGGAACAGCAUCAGCGGCCGAGACGAAUGAUCCAAAACAGAGCUCAAGCUCAUCCCUUCCGCCGUCUAAAAUUCCCCUCGCUUUUCCUUCCACUCAGUCAGCUCAACACGAGCCAAGCGCUUCACAUCCUCAGGCGGAGACGUCCCCAACCACUCCCGAAUUGCGUAUCAUCAAGUCGUCUGUCCCUCCACCCUGUUCCCUGCCGUCGUCACCUCCGCUCUCUCCAACAAAUUUGAGUUCAGGUGAUAUGCACCCUUUCCCUGUGGUCGCGGAUAUUGAAAAAAACGUCUCACCGUCAAAAAAGCGGAGUGGAAAUCUUCCUACACCUAGCACGAGAGAAAAGGGUAAGGGGAGUGAGAUAGGUGAAAGACCAGGCGAAGGCAGAGCGCAGACAAUGAGGAGGGGUUUCAUCGGGCCUGGUGGUGUUAUGCACAAGAUCGCUUCAAGUCAGUCUCUCAACAAGGUUCGAACGGCCCUACCCUUUACCAGAAACGUAGAAGCCGAACGUUCCAGUCCGGCCAUCUUGUCUUCAAAGGCCUUCUCCCCAACUACGCAGGUUCAAACAUCUUCUUCACUCAACAUUCCCAACCAAGCUACCUUCCUCCGUCCCGCCCCCCCUCCACCGCGUACCCCCUCAUACCGGCAGCCUCGCCAACCAGCCUUUGCGCGUCCUUCAACUCGCAUAUCUUCACCUUCUCCAAGUCCAUCACCUCACAAAUCCCUUUCGCCUGGUGCAAAUUUUGCACCCCGCCAAAGUCGACCUAGAAAAGGCAUGUCUAGUCAGUUGCCGAGGAUGGGGCUGCCGGAGGAGGAUGUUGAGAUGAUCGAAAUACCGAGAUUUAAGAAGAGAGAGUUGAAUUUGGGUAUCGUGCGGAAACAUCCUGGGAAGCAGAGGGCAGCGUGGCUGGCCUUAGGCGGAUUAUGGGUUGUGAAUGGGCUGUUGAGUCUGUUCUUUGACAUGAACGUAAUUUAUAUACUUGUACAAUGUUCUAUACACCCAUCAUUUGAUACCAACAAUACCAAGCUAUGGCAAUUUGCGGCCGCUGCGUACGCAAUCUUGUGGGCUCUCUCAACGAUUGUGGUCUGGUUGGGCUGGGAGUUGGGGUAUGAAUUUUGGAGGCGUUGGAGAUUGGAACGCCCAGCCAUAGAGCCUAUCUACCUUUCGCUGCCAGCAUCUUUACAUCUUUCCCUGAAGUCUUACGACCACUUCAUAUUUUUGCUUCAUAUCCGCACGUCAGCCUUUGGUACUGCAUACGCCAAAGACAUCAUCCCAGAAACAUGUCAUGCCCUUAUCCAACUCCUUCCCGGGCUUAUACCCCUUCUUCCCCGAGCAGCUAUUGCUGUCGUCAUGUUGAUAAGCUUCUGGAAGCCAAGUGCCGACGUACAAGCGCCAUAUGGAGGUCCCGUUGACAGGACGGCCGAUCGGGAUCCAAAUUUCUUUAGAAGUGACGCUCCCGGAGAGUUGACAAAUUACUCUAAAGGUGUUCUACUCACUUUUACAAUGUACAUUGCUUUCAGACUCUUGGUUGUUAUCGCUUCUGCGAUUGGUUUAUGGGUAUCAUCCGCUAGACCUCUUGGUGGAUUCAUCGGGAAGCGUUUCCAACGCAGAUCUCCGGUCGGCCCUGCUGGUCCGUCUACUCCCCGUAGGCACCAUCGAAAAUCGGCUUUUCAACCGCGCGACCCCAGCCUCACCCACUCUCCCCAGAAAAACUGGGUCGAUGAGAGCUCCUGGGAUUGGGCUUGGAAGGAGAGGAUGAGGGCUAGGGUGCAAGAUGCUUUCGAGCUCUGCAUAGUAAGGCUUGAUGGCGAUGAUGGUAUAUUCAAGCAGACUGGUGAGACAGGAACGGGACAGGAUGUGCCGUGGGCAAAAUCUUCGUAUAAAGCUACUGAAAGGAUUCCCAUGGAAGAAAGGGAACAAAAGGACGCUAGUUAUUCAGCCACCAAUUUUAUCGGCCAAAUCAUUGCGCAUGAGUCCAGUCCAUCUUGUUCACUAUCCGCAAUCGACGAGUUCGAAGCCACUCGGCCAGAGUCCAUUCUUGAUCCCACUGGUGAUGCAAAGGUUCAACCGUCCUCGUCGAGAGCCGCUACCAACCCUACGAGUUCUACGAACGAUCUCUUUUACACUCCCCCCGCUAGUAUCACUUCCGCUGCCAAGAAGGAAUCAUCCGUAGCUGAUGCGAUCGUGAAAGGCGGGGUACCUCUCAGCGCAUACGAAAAGCCUUCCGGAUGGAUGACCGAGUUUGGCGUCAAGGAGGAAAAAGCUCGAGAGACUCAGGACUGUGAAGGAAGUGACAAUGAGUCAACAGGUCUCCUUUCUGCUCAGACGAGUCCACGGGAGUCCAUGCUUUUCCGAGAAUGGUCUGGCUCAACUGCUUCUCAUCUUUCCCACAAAAUGUCCGGUGAUGUUUCUCAGCACUCUCACUCCACGACAUCUGGUACAGGAUCCGGAUCUGAUAAGACCUCUACAACAUCUAUCCGACAAAGUGCGUAUACUACUUCACAUCCUCAUGUUACGGAUUUGGCAAGAACAAGGUCAAGUAGUAUCACCAUGAUUAAAGAGAGUUUGAACGGCGUGGCACUUGCAGCUGCUAAUGGGAGCGCGGGACUUGUUAGAAGGGCAAGAAGUGGGACGAUGUUGAGUAACGGGACCAAAGGGAAGAGGUAUAACAAGAUUAGCGACGAUGAAGGGGGUGAGGAGUUGGCCAAUGAUGAACUUGUCACACCACGCUCCAAGCAUGACAAAACUAUGGGCCUUGGAGUACCGUUUGUGUAUCUGUCACCACAUGAUGACUAUAAUCACCAAGGCACGACAAGAAACGAUAUGACAUGACUUCAUCCUCAUCAUAUAAUGCGAUGAUCAACGAAAUUUAUUGUACAGAUGAAUACGCUCGAUUGAACUAAUCUGGAUAUAGCGUGGUUAAAACUGGACCUAUGAAGGCGAAGAACAAGCGCACAAGGCAAACGUACGUUAUAGUGGAUUCUGUGGAUUAUAUCAAAAUCUUUGCAAAAACUAGUCCGUCUUAUGAAUUGCGCAAUAAAUAACACAUUUCGCUUUACAAUACACUGUGUUAAUCUUUGGUUACAGCUUUUUGCUAAUCUUAUACAAUUGCUAUCAACUCCAGUCCAACUGCUCGCCGUAGUUCAAG